AUGGCGGCCAGCUCAGAAAACAACAGUUUUAUAGAACAGAACCAGGAUUCAAUCAAGGCCUCUGGGACUAAGAAGCAAAAGAAGCUGAAAAGUAAAGGAGAGACUAAACCCAGUCCGGCCCGCAAACUGGCCCCACCUAACACUAGGAGGUGGCUCCUCGGGGACACUCCUAGUCGCAAUCAGGUGCGUCUGGACACACUGCGAAAGCUGCCGGAGGCCGAUAAAUGA